CCGCGGCCCCUUCCCGCCGCUUCCGGGACCCGCCCCUCGGCGAGCGCCGAGCUCUUCCGCGUCUCUAUGGUACCGACUUCCGCGGCUAGCCAAACCUCGCGAGACCUCGGCGGCGCCGCAAUGGCGAGACCAUGCCGCGUCACUGCUCCGCCGCCGGCUGCUGCACACGGGACACGCGCGAGACGCGCAACCGCGGCAUCUCUUUCCACAGGCUUCCCAAGAAGGACAACCCGAGGCGGGGUUUGUGGCUGGCCAACUGCCAGCGCCUGGACCCCAGCGGGCAGGGCCUGUGGGACCCGGCGUCCGAGUACAUCUACUUCUGCUCCAAGCACUUCGAGGAGAACUGCUUUGAGCUGGUGGGAAUAAGUGGGUAUCACAGGCUGAAGGAGGGAGCGGUUCCCACCAUAUUUGAGUCUUUCUCGAAGUUGCGCCGGACCAAGACCAAGGGGCACGGUUACCCGCCCGGCCCCCCAGACGUCAGCCGGCUCCGGCGCUGCAGGAAGCGCUGUUCUGAGGGCCGAGGGCCCACCACUCCGUUUUCCCCGCCUCCACCUGCCGACCUCGCCUGCUUUCCUGUGGAAGAGGCCUCGGCACCUGCUGCCUUGUCUGCCUCCCCAGCCGGGAGGCUGGAGCCUGGCCUCAGCAGCCCCUUCUCCGACCUCCUGGGGCCCCUGGGAGCCCAGGCAGAUGAAGCGGGCUGCAGUGCCCAGCCCUCCCCGGAGCGCCAGCCGUCCCCCCUGGAGCCGCGGCCUGUCUCGCCCUCGGCCUACAUGCUGCGCCUCCCGCCGCCCGCCGGCGCCUACAUCCAGAACGAGCACAGCUACCAGGUGGGCAGUGCCCUGCUCUGGAAGCGGCGGGCCGAGGCCGCCCUCGACGCCCUCGACAAGGCCCAGCGCCAGCUGCAGGCCUGCAAGCGGCGGGAGCAGCGGCUGCGGCUGCGGCUGACCAAGCUGCAGCAGGAGCGGGCGCGGGAGAAGCGGGCCCAGGCCGAUGCCCGGCAGACCCUGAAGGAGCAUGUGCAGGACUUCGCCAUGCAGCUGAGCAGCAGCAUGGCCUGAGGGGCCGUCCAGCAGCGCUCGGCCUGCGGAUCCACCUGGAGAGGGAGCUGCCCCUAGCUGUGUCCGCCACAAUAAAGGGGAUCCCAGAAAGCCCUGCUCUCUGGCUCAGCUGAGGGCUGGGGCCCCACCCCCUGGGUACCAUGUCCAUCUCCCCUAACUGGCUGUAGCCCCCAGAGGGCUCGGCCCUGCAGUCACGGUGAUUCCCAAGCCCCCAGGCCGGCCGAGGUCCACCUCGGGCCAUUGCCAAACUUGCUGUCUCCAGGUGAGCACCCCUAGACUAAGGCCGUCCACCCCCCACCACACCCGGGGCUUGUCAGUCAGGCCGGAGGUGUGGCAGGCCCCGUGUUUAUCCUGGGGGCACAACCCGAGGCAGGAAACGAGCUUUAAGGCUCAGAAGAUACCCCCCCCCCCAAGUGGCUUCCUGGCAGCCUGGGCACAAGAGCUGUUGUUCCCACAAGGGAGGCAGAAUGGUGCCUUACCCACUGGGAUGGCCGCAGGACAGAGGAUGGGGCGGCCCAGCCCUUCCCAGGCAGGAGCCUCCAGGCAGCCCAGGAGUCAGGCAGCCAGCAAGGGACCAGGAGAGGCCCGAGGCCGUCCUUCGUUCCUCCCCGCAGCCCUCCGUGGGGUGGUGAGUGAACAGAGCCAUUCGAGGCUGGUGUGUCCUGAGCCUCGGGCCGCCUGGCCCGGCCUCGGGAGGCCUGCGCGAGGGGCUGUGGGUGCAGAUAGCGCUGCGGUGGCUUUAAUGGAGGCAAGCCUAUUGACAAUAAAUAGUGGGAACAAGCGGGGA